UAUAUUUCUGGCAAUUAUAUUGUCACAAGUAUAUUCUCAUGCGUAUAUUGUCACAAGUAUAUUUUUACAAGUAUAUUAUCGCGAGUAUUUUCUUACAAGUUUAUCCUGGCAAAUAUAUUCUCACAAGUAUAUUCUUGCGAGUAUAUUCGGGCAAGUAUAUUCUUGUAAGAAUAUUGUCACAAUUAUAUUGCCACGCGUAUAUUCCCACAAGUAUAUUCUCACAAGUAUUUUCUGGCAAGUAUAUUCUCACUA